UCCCCCAAAAAGGUGGGCGAUGAUAUUGCCAAGGCCACGGGUGACUGGAAGGGGCUGCGGAUCACGGUGAAGCUGACGAUCCAGAACAGGCAAGCGCAGAUAGAGGUUGUUCCUUCUGCCUCUGCGCUGAUCAUCAAAGCUCUGAAGGAGCCUCCUCGUGACAGGAAGAAGCAGAAGAACAUUAAGCACAGUGGCAGCGUCACCUUCGACGAGAUUGUGAACAUCGCGCGGCAGAUGCGCCACAGGUCCCUGGCUCGGGAGCUCUCAG